UCUCUCUCUCUCUCUAUAUAUAUAUAUAUAUUAUUACUCUUGCUUAGCUUAUUGCAACGCCCACACUGAAUCUCAGGGGUCAACCAAUAAAGAACCAGAACUGCGCUCAUUCUCAGCUAAUCCAAGAAGAGAUUAUAGCUUGAAGAUUUUGAAUUUGGUGUAUAAUAGGAAGCAAAAAUAUAGAACAUGAGUUCAUUGACUGAGACUGCACCUGAGGAAACUUGCAACAAGCCUGCAGGAAUUAAGUUUGUGGAGUACAUAAAAAGGUCCCCAGUUUCCUUUAAAACCCACCAAGUAAUUGUUCUGAUUGUGACAUUUUUGGCAUACGCUAGCUACCACGCUGCCAGGAAAACUACGAGUGUUGUGAAGAGUUCCCUUGAUCCCCAGUCAUCAAGUUUGGGCUUGAAGUUUGCACCGUGGAGGAUAACAUACCUUGAUGCUCCACCAGAAAGCAGAAAGCUUUCCUGGGCUCUUGGAGAUGGCUGGGCACCGUUUAGCGGAUCAGAUGGAACGGAGCUUCUUGGGGAACUCGAUGUGGCGUUCCUCGCAGUUUAUGCCAUGGGAAUGUAUUUUUCUGGACAUCUUGGGGAUAGAUUGGAUCUAAGGAUCUUUUUAACUGUGGGAAUGAUAGGAACAGGUGUGUUCACAUCCCUCUUCGGUAUUGGUUAUUGGGGAAACAUCCAUAGCUUUUACUACUUCCUUAUAGUUCAAAUGGCUGCUGGUCUAUUCCAAUCAACUGGAUGGCCUUCAGUUGUUGCGGUGGUCGGUAAAUGGUUUGGGAAAAAGAAGAGAGGCCUUAUAAUGGGAAUAUGGAAUGCUCACACAUCCAUUGGAAACAUCACUGGUUCUUUGGUAGCUUCUGCUUUAUUGAGCUAUGGAUGGGGCUGGUCCUUUGUUGUGCCUGGUAUGUUAAUAGCAUUUGUUGGCUUGGUAGUUUUCUUCUUCUUACCGGUGAGUCCUGAGGCCGUAGGAGCUGAUGAAGAAGAACCACAGCAGCCAUUGAAAAUAGGGGAGGCACUGGAGGUACCAUUGUUGAGGUCAGAGAGAGAAGGGGAUGACAAAGCUGUAGGAUUCAUAGAGGCGUGGAAAAUUCCAGGAGUUGCUCCUUUUGCUCUUUGCCUCUUCUUUGCCAAAUUGGUCGCUUAUACAUUUCUGUAUUGGCUUCCUUUCUACAUUAGCCACACAGCUAUAGAUGGCAAGUACUUAUCCAGUGAGACUGCUGGAAACUUGUCUACAUUGUUUGAUGUUGGAGGUGUGGUUGGAGGAAUCCUAGCCGGUCACAUUUCUGAUCGCCUUAACGCAAGAGCAAUAACAGCAGCGAGUUUCAUGUACUGUGCCAUUCCAGCUCUCUUCUUCUACAGAAGCUAUGGACAUUUGUCUUUAACUCUAAACAUUGUCUUCAUGUUCAUAACGGGCAUGUUUGUGAAUGGGCCCUAUGCUCUUAUAACAACAGCAGUAUCAGCUGACCUCGGUACACAUAGCUCGUUGAAAGGGAAUUCGCGAGCACUUGCAACUGUAACAGCAAUCAUAGAUGGAACAGGUUCGGUUGGGGCUGCAAUUGGACCCCUGUUAACUGGCUACAUUUCUACUACGAGCUGGAGCUUAGUUUUCACAAUGCUGAUGGGAGCAGCCCUGAUUGCAGGAUUGUUUCUUACUAGGCUUGUUGUGAGUGAGGUGACUGAGAAGAUUGCGGAAGCAAGAUCGCAAGGAGGGUCUCCCACAACGAGAUCUUCACCUUCUCCCAUUGAAGAGGUUUGAUGUAACGAAGAGUGAUUUGUAACAUUUGUUUAUGUGCGAGCAAUUGUAAAUAUGUGUUGCUCUUGUGAAUGAUUCCUUGUAAAAUGAAAGAAGAAAAAAGAUAAUUUGUAAUGUACAUGGAGAGGAUUUUUUUAGCCUUCUCCUUGAUUUUACUUUCUGCCAGAGGGAAAAUUCCAGUGGAAGAUGGACAAAACAAAAGGGUGUUGGGGAUUGAGAGUUGUGUGUUUGUAUUUUACCUCUGUACAUUUUUGUACAAAAUUUUGCGUCAUAUUCAAAAACCAAUAAAAAUUUCAUCUAUUCAUGAUUA